CAGCACACGCAUACACACGCUCCACCUCGGUUCUGAAGUGAGCGUUGUGGUUUGGCGCGUCGCGUCACUCGUUUACAGUAUAUGGAGCGGUUGGAUCUGACGGUUACCGUAUGACAACGUGGGAUGCGGGAAUUUGUUCAUACCAGAGAGACUUUAACCCUGUUUUGAACCGUCGCUUUAAAUUCAAGUUAACUUAAAAGCGCGUUUCGUUGAGUAUGUGUGAAUUAUUGACAGUCGUAAAAACUGUCAGCCUGCGUGAAGUGCUCACAUAUUUUUACGGACUGCCUUUGGCAUGAUUCACUUGCGCUUCGCAACACUGUCCGAGGGGGGAACUUGACUAAAAAUAUCAGUACUGGUCAACAACAGCAUGUGUGACCGUACAACUGUGGAGACUAACCAUCAUGAAGUAAACUGAUAGAGUUUUCAUAAGUUGGUAAAAACGUGUCAGUAUGGAAGAAGGAGAAGCAGAUAACGCCGCGGGAACGCGGAGCUGUGAACUGGAGCCUCGUGAAGAUGGAGGAGUGGAUGAGGUGCAGAUGCAUCUCGCCUGCUUACCGGAGCGAUACAUGAGGGCAAAGUUUUCACUCUCCGCGUACAUAUUUUGUUGGACUAUAGUAAAGUUGUGCCAGAGAUUCAGACCAUUCCCAGUUCUACCCCAGGCCCCAGCAUUAGAUGAAUCUGGGAACGAGACUUUGGAAGAUGGGGAGUCGGAUCAGAAAGAGUGUGGAGAUCAUCAGGAACGGAGUGGGGCGGUUCCUGAAGCAACACAGGACACAACAGAGGAAUAUUUUGACACACAUUCUUGGCACAGUGACACUUUCUCUGACCUCAGCCGUGAAACUGAGGACUGCUGUAGGACGCCGAUCAGCUCUGAGGCCGGCCUUGGUUUUGAAGGUUGUCUUGACUCAGAUUCUCCCGGUGUCAAACUGUCUUGCUCCGUUGAAGAGAAGGACCUCUCUUCAACAGAAAUGCUUCACACUUUCUUUGACAGUCCUCAUGGGACAGUGGAGGGAGAGCAGUCACAGGCGCAGACUGGAAAUACUGAGAUGAUGCACGCUGGAGAGGAUGGCACUGGAAAGUCUGAUGCUAAGGAGUGUGAGGACGUUUACUGUAAUAUGCCAGCAGGACCUGGACAUGAUUUAUUUUUACAUGGCCUUUCGCACAUAGUGACACCCUUGUUGGCAACAGAGAACUCAUUAGAAUCACAUGUACUUGAUGAGCAAAGCUGUAAUGAACCAUUAUUGACAUUACCAGACGGUGAAGAUAAUUUGCAAUUUGGUGACUCUGCUGAUGGAAAAUCUCAGUGCGAUCAAAUCAACAUAAAUAUGACUGAGACUCAGUCAGGACAUAAAGAGCCGUUCACACAGUUAAUGACCUCAAAUGCGAAAGAAUUACAGGAUAAUGAUAAUGACACUAGUUUCAGUGAAAUACAGUUGACUGAUAAUGACUCAGCUAAGGAUGAUUUAAAGGCUGAAAAUAAUUCAGAUACUCAACAAAACAAACAUGAGCUAAAUGUCCAGAACAGUGAAAUCUGUUUAAUUGUUUCCCAUCUUACUUCUGUAGACACAACUCUAUCUGAAUCAAUUAAGCCUUUUGAAGUGACAGCUAAGAUGUCCAUAGAACAUAAUGGAAUACCAUCACAGGCUGCUUUAGAGCACAGCCAAACACAGGUUUCUGUGAAACACAGGCAAACAGAGGACUCAAUAUGUUACAGUCAAUCGGAGGUUUCAGUAAAACACAUCCAAUUGCAUGACACAGUAAAACAGAGCCUUUCACAAGCGUCAUAUGAGCACAGCCUAUCAGAAGCCUCAAUAGAGCACAGUCAGGCAGUGGCUUCAGAAAAACACACCCAAUCACAGAAUUCAAUCGAACAAAGUCAGUCACAAGUCUCACUUGAACAGAGCCAAUCACAGGCUUUAGUACAACACUGCCAAUUAGAGGCCUUAGCAGAAAACAAUCAAUCACAGACUUUAGAGGAACACAGAGAAACACAGACAACAGAAGUUAAUGGCCAUUUACAGGCCUUGAUAGAGCACAGCCAAUCCCUGUUCUCAGCAGAGCAUAGCAAAACAGAGGCUUCAGCAGGAUACAUCCAGCCCCAAAAUACAGUAGAAAACAGUAAAUCUCUGUCUUGUGUAGAAGAUGUCCAGUCACUGCCCUUAGUAGAACACAGCCAUCAAUCACUGCCCUCAGGUGAACACAGCCAAACACAGCGCUCAGAAAAACACAGCCAAUCACUGCCCCCAGAAGAACCUAGUCAAUCACAGGCCUCAAUAGAUCACAUCCAAUCGCAUGCCUCAGUAGAACAUCACACUGCACUACCCUUAGAAAAACACAGCCAAUCACAGACCUCAGUAGAUCACAGCCAAUCGCAGGGCACAGUAAUACAUCACACUACACUACCCUUAGAAAAACACAGCCAGUCACAUUCCUCAGUAGACCACAGGCAAUCACAGGCAUCAGUAGAACACAGCCACUCACAGGCAUUAGUAGAACACAGCCAAUUACAUGCCUCAGUAGAACAUUGCAAUACACUACCCUUAGAUGAGUAUAGUCGAUCACAGGCCUCAGUAGAACACAGCCAAUCACAGGCAUCAGUAGAACACAGCCAAUCGCAUGGCGCAGUAAUACAUCACACUACACUACCCUUAGAAAAACACAGCCAAUCACACCCUUCAGUAGAACACAGCCAAUUGCAGGCAUCAGUAGAACAUUGCAAUACACUACUCUUAGAUAAGCAUAGUCAAUCACAGGCCUUAGUAGAACACAGCCGAUCACAGCCCUCUGUAGAGCACAGCAAAUCUCAAGCCUUAGAAGAAAUUUGCAAUACACUACCUUUAGAAAAACACAGCCAAUUGCUGGCCCCAGUAGAACACAGCCAAUCACAGGCCUCAGUAGAACAUAGCCAAUCGUUGGCCUCAGUAGAACACAGCCAAUCACAGCCCUCAGUAGAACACAGCCAAUCACAGGCUUCAAUAAAACACAGCCAAUCACAGCCCUCAAUAGAACACAGCCAAUCACAGUCCUUAGUAGAACAUAGCCAAUCACAGGCCUCAGUAGAACACAACCAAUCACAGCCCUCAGUAAAGCACAGCCAGUUACAGGAGUCAGUAGAACACAGCCAAUCACAGGCCUCAGUAGAACACAGCCAAUCACAGUCCUCGGUAGAACACAGUCAAUCAGAGGCCUCUGCAAAACACAGCCAAACACAGCUCUCGGUAGAACACAGCCAAUCACAGGCCCCGGCAAAACACAGCCAAUCACAGCUCUCGGUAGAACACAACCAAUCACAGCCCUCGGUAAAACACAGUCAAUCGCAGGCCUCAGUAGAAUCACAGGCCUCAGUAGAACUCAGCCAAUCACAGGCCUCAGUAGAACACAGCCAAUCACAGCCCUCAAUAGAACACAGCCAAUCACAAGCCUCAGUAGAAGUAGAACACAGCCAAUCACAGGCCUCAGGAGAACACAGCCAAUCACAGGCCUCGGCAGAACACAGCCAAUCACAGGCCUCAGUAGAAGUAGAUCACAGCCAAUCACAGGCCUCGGCAGAACACAGCCAAUCACAGGCCUCAGUAGAAGUAGAACACAGCCAAUCACAGGCCUCAGCAGAACACAGCCAAUCACAGCCCUUGGUAGAACACAGCGAAUCACAGCCCUUGGUAGAACGCAGCCAGUCGCCGCUCUUUGUAAAUCAAAGCCAGUUACAGGACUCAGUAGGACACAGGCAGUUACAAGCUUUAAUAGAACACAGUCAAUCACAGAUUGAUAUCGUAAAGGAAACUUCUAUGAAUUCUCAAUGUACUGUGACUGAGUUACAGUCUGUUUUUGUUUCAAACCCACUGGCCUUUAAUGAUCAGGGAAACUGUGAACAGGACUGUGUGGUCGUUUGCACUGACUGUGGAGAGAAGGUAUCUAUAAAACUUUUAUCAACGCACAUGAAUGAGAAACUCAGUUUGAGCCUAGAAAAGAGUGACAGUCAAAAUGUCAAAAAGGACAAACUGAAUGACCCACCACCUGUUCAUAUUGAAUAUCAGUGUUAUGCAGCUGAUAGAGGUUCCUCAGAUGAGUCUAAUGCAUCUUCAGUACAGCAGAGUGUGAUCAAUGAUCAGACCUCAGAACAGUCAGACAUAAAAUCCUGCACAGAUUUCAAUCACCAAAACAGCCCAGUAUUACAAAUGCAUGCUGAUAAGGACAGUUACUCAAUCAGUGGAUAUCACAUGGACAAUCAUUUUGUGGAAACAUAUUUGGGAGACUAUGGACUUGAGGCAGAUGUUCAGAAAGGUCAGCAUUGCUCCAGUAGUGAAAUUCCUUGUAACAAACUGGAUGAGUUAAUUGAAAAUUGUAAUAACAAAGAUGCACCUAUUUUGGGUGAUCCCACAUAUGUUUUAAAAGGAACAAAUGUUCCAGAUUGUCCGAAAGAAUGCACAAUAGUUCCUUCAGUCGAGCAGUCAGUAAUUUACUCUGAUAAUUUAGGAUGCAUGGAAUAUACUAGGCCCAUCUCAAUGAGUUUUAUAAGUCCUGACAUGAAAACUACUGAGGUUUAUGGAUGUCCAAGGAGUCCUCUAGAAAGUCCUGUCGAGUCUCUGACUGGUUUGUUUGGGAUAUUGUAUGACAAAACGCCAGUUAUCCCCACAGACAUUUGCUGUGAGCUCAGCGAUGACCUUCACAUGAACUGUAAACAAACAGCACGUUCCGAUGUAGAUGUUAUGUCUGACACAUGUGAAGAGUACACAGGGACCUUCAAGCAAUUUCACCUGCCUAGCAACCUGUCUGACAAACACAUCAUGCAAAACGACUCGAUUACGUUUGAAUCUUUUGAGCCAACCAGCAUAUCUGUGCCGGAUGAUAGUGUUUUAUCUGAUGCGUGUUCUGAUCCUUGCACAAACUCACAGUUUCCUUUCAAUUAUACUCAGUUAAACAGUACAAGAGAGGCUUUUGUGGCAACAGGAGAGUACAGCUCAGACACAAAUAAUAACAUUAAGAGCAUAACUGUAGAAAAAUGUGCCUCAGGUGUACAGGACACUUUACCUAGUUCUUUGCUAAAAUACAAUAGGUUUACUACUAAUGAUAAUUGUUUAGUCUCAGAAAGAGUAGAACACUGUAAAGAAAGUGACUUGUUUGGUGUCCCUACUGUUUUAAACAGUCUUAGCAUCAUCCCAUUUAAAGCACCACCUGAAAUGGAGACUGCAGCGGACUGGAAAGAUAAUGUUUCAAAAUCACCUGACCUGGAGGCAUGUAGCGAUGGUACACAAAAGCAGCUCUGUGAUUGGCGUGGCAAGGAGGAGUAUCAGCUGCACUGGUCCGCAGUCAAGGAAGAGCAGACAGCAGGAGGAUUUCAGUUCAAGGACACAGAUGCUAUCAGAACUGCAGCGUUACAAAACUUAAGCUCUUCCCAAACAGAUGACCAUUAUGGUACGCAUGAAAUGGUUAAUACAGACUCUACAAACUGUGAUUCUUCUCAUCCUGAGCAUUUGCAUGCGCCACACAAACAUCUGAUUCAAAUUCAGGAGGAAAGCAUGGCAAAAUUGAACCAGUCUCUCAAGGUCGCUAGUACUCAUGCAGUAGAAAACAGAGAGCGAAGCCUUGAGACUUGUUUCAAAACAAACUCUCCUGAAAGCACUGAUUUAUUAUGUGAAACAUUUGAUGGUAGAGAACUUUGUACAAAGAAGAUGCCAAAUUCAGAGGCUUUUGUUGCAUGUUGUCGAAUGUUGCCCAUCACUAAUUUAGAGGCCAUUUUGGAGUCUGACCGUUCAAUGGAGAGCUCUUUUUUGAUAGAGAACGGAUUGGAAGAACCUGAGAGAGUAUAUUCUUUAGCAGAUGGUAGAUUUAUUGAAGAAUGGCGCUCCUGUGAUGAUAUCACAAACCACGUUGUUCCUCACUACCCACAUGACAACAACAAUUCUGCCAUAUGUUCAAAUGCAAGGGAGAUGAUAGCCAACAUAGCAACUGUUCAAGAAGCAAAUGCUGUUACAAAUGAGCCACAUGCUGGAGAGACAACAACUCUAAAUGGGGUUGAUAACUGUGAUAGCCGAUGCGUUUCCAGUUUUGUAUCACAAGAUCCUGACUGCAGUACCAACGAUGAGGAGACGGAGGACAGUACUCAGUUGCCCUCUAGCCUUCGUGGUACUACGAGGAGUAAGAGAAAUCAGUCAGGGAAAGGCUCUGUGUUUUCGGUGUUCUCUCGAAUGCCAUCAUUCCGUAAGACCAAACGUGAGCAAAAGGGCAAUAAUAAGACUGAGCAGGAAGCUGAGGACUCUGAGGAUGGACAUGAACGGGAGGAGGUAAAGCACAAUACAGUCCCAACACUUAACAAGCCCGAUCAAUUACUCUUCAAAACCCCUAUUUCUCAGAGUACAGAUUAUCCUAUAGACAUAGUGAAAGAUGGUGAUCACUCCAGCGAUGACAUUUUUGAAAAGGCCUUUGCCUUAAAUAUGGAAAACAGAGAGAAAUAUGCCCAAUUUACAUCUCAAAAUCCAUUUAAUUCUCCUAACACCCAGCAGCAGCACAAAGAUGGGGAAGCACUGAAUUUUAGAACUUUUCCAAUGACAGAAGGAUUACAACAAAAAAGAAGCAAAAGUACUGAUAACUUAAACCUACGCAUGAAGCUUGCAAUGGCUCAUAAGUCUCUUUCCAGCCUGUUCGAGUCUAAAUAUCCUGAGAGGGAAAACCAGGAGCAGAUUUUGCCGUCACAGAAUGAAGAGGGGAAAACCAGGCAGUCCUGGAGGAAGACGAAGCGAUCUAAAGAAGUGGAACCAUUCAAAAGAACCAUAUCUGUUCCAGGGACAGCCUGUGAGAAGUCAGCACAGGAAAACCAUAGCGACUGUGGCUUUGGUUCUCCUCAAAGCAGGUCUAGGCUUUACAGCUCACCAGCUUCCCAAAAAAGUUCAGGGACCGUGUGUCAUUCUGACCAACUGAGCUUAAAAUCCACAUCUCAGGACCCAUCUGAAGAUACAGCUAAAAGAAAGUGUUCGGAGGAACGUGAGGUAUCUAAUGCUGCUUCCUCAGACUCAGACCAUGCUUCUUUAGAUGGCUUUGAGGCAGUGCACAAUGUAGAGAAUAGGUCGCAGUCUCCUGUACGCCCUACUGUUUUUGCACCCGCAAUCCCAAUGUCACAUGCGUUGGGCAGAUCUAUGAGCUGUUUUGAGACCAUUGACUCUCCACUGAGGCCUAUGAGCCCCAAACCCAACAGUCCUGGGUUGAGGACACAGCGGAGGAGCUUCCGUUACCCCUCACGAUCUGUGGCAUCUUCUUUGUACUCGCUCGGUCAGGGAAUGAGCAUUGAGGGUCUCUCAGAUCCUCCUCAAAAGCCGAAGUCUUUAAAGCCAAGGACAGCACAACUUACCACAGCACACUCAUUUGAUUCAGAGUACUUGGUAGAGGACAGCAGUUCAGAUAGCCAGUCUCAGUCCAGCCUGACGUCAGGAUCUAACAAUCCUGAGCAUGUACAACACGGUGCUCAUCCAGCCAUCCAGUCAUCAGAGAGAAGACAACAAGGGCAAGCAUGUGUGCUUCGGGUGAAGGGCAGAGGACAGGGUACAGCGACACCCAGACCCAUCUCAGACUUCUACGGUUGGACAUUUCCUCUUCAGGGCAUCAGAGAGGUGGCGUGUGACCCAGAGAGAAAAAGACAAUCCAUGAAAUCACGUCAGCGUUCGUGCUCCUAUGAUACAUUGACGGAUGCCAAGAACGUCUGUAAAAAGAGCCUUAGCAAGCAGAGAAGUUUGCGCCAGCUUAGCACCACAACAUCUGAGAAGCACAAGAAAGUGCGCACUAGGCUCUCUUUGGUCUCUCCUGAGCAGUUCCCCUCCAUCACCCUUAAGGAUCACUUCUUCUCCCAAAGCACACCCAUUGGAUUAGACUGCUUGGGCUGGCCUCAUCGUGUGUCAUCUUCAGAAUCGAAUCUCACCACACCAGCACAAGAGGCAAACAGACGGGUCACCCCUCUGGCUUUGGUGAUAACGGAUGGAUCACAGGAUAAGUCUGGCCUUGCUGAUGAAGUGGGGAGUGAAGAUGACCUGUACAAUGAUUUUCGCAGCUCCUCCAACCGUUUCGGACACCCGGGAGGAGGAGGAGAACAGCUAGCCAUCAAUGAGCUGAUCAGUGAUGGCAGCGUGUGUGCGGAGGCUCUAUGGGACCACGUCACCAUGGACGACCAGGAGCUGGGCUUCAAGGCUGGGGACGUCAUCGAAGUAGUGGACGCCACAAACAAGGAGUGGUGGUGGGGCCGGGUGCUGGACAGCGAGGGCUGGUUCCCCGCCAGCUUCGUUCGGUUACGAGUGAACCAGGAUGAGCCCAUGGAGGAAUACUUAGCCCAUCUGGACGGAGCCUCGGAGGGUGGUGGUGCCAGCAUGGGGGGGCCCUUAGGACCCGGUCUGCCCUGCAAGGAGCAGAUGAGGGCCAAUGUCAUCAAUGAGAUCAUGAGCACAGAGAGGGAUUACAUUAAACACCUGAAGGACAUCUGUGAGGGCUAUAUAAAACAGUGUCGGAAGAGGACAGACAUGUUUACCGAAGAGCAACUGCGCACUAUUUUCGGCAACAUUGAUGAGCUCUACCGUUUCCAAAAGAAGUUCCUCAAAGCCUUGGAGAAGAAAUUUAACAAAGACCACCCUCACCUCAGCGAGAUCGGCUCCUGCUUCUUAGAGCAUCAAACAAACUUCCAGAUCUACUCAGAGUAUUGCAACAACCACCCCAAUGCCUACGUGCAGCUCUCCAAACUGAUGAAGAUCAAGAAGUACGUCUUCUUCUUCGAGGCCUGUCGCCUGCUUCAGAAGAUGAUUGACAUUUCGCUAGAUGGAUUCUUGCUUACUCCUGUGCAGAAGAUCUGCAAGUAUCCUCUACAGCUGGCUGAGCUGCUCAAGUACACCAACCCACAGCACAGAGAUUAUAAGGAUGUUGAGGCUGCCUUAAAUGCAAUGAAGAAUGUGGCCAGGUUGAUCAAUGAGAGAAAGAGGCGUCUAGAGAACAUUGAUAAAAUCGCUCAAUGGCAGAGCUCCAUAGAGGACUGGGAGGGUGAAGACAUCUUAAGCAGGAGCUCUGACCUGAUUUUCUCAGGAGACCUGACCAAGAUCUCUCAGCCACAGGCCAAAGGCCAGCAGCGAAUGUUCUUUCUUUUUGACCACCAGCUGGUUUUCUGUAAAAAGGAUCUACUUCGGAGGGACAUACUGUACUACAAGGGCCGGUUAGACAUGGAUCAGAUGCAAGUGGUUGAUGUAGAAGACGGGAAGGAUAAGGACUAUAAUGUAAGUGUGAAGAAUGCCUUGAAACUAUGUUCUCCUGGAGGAGAGGAGGUCCACCUCUUGUAUGCCAAGAAACCUGAGCAGAAGCAGCGCUGGCUGCGAGCUUUUUCAGAUGAACGAGAACAGGUCCAGCAUGACCUCGAAACAGGUUUCACGAUCACAGAGGUCCAAAAGAAGCAGGCAAUGUUGAAUGCAUCUAAAAGUCAUCCAACAGGGAAGCCCAAAGCUGUGACCAGGCCCUAUUAUGACUUCUUGCUGCGCCAGAAGCAUCCCACGCUCCCCACCUCUGUGCCCCAGCAGCAGGUCAUCAUGUUGGCUGAACCCAAACGCAAGACCUCCAAUUUCUGGCACAACAUCGGACGGUUGACACCGUUCAAAAAAUGAGGGUUUUUAUCCCAGUGUAACAUUUUUCUUUGUAUCGUCCAAAUGCGAACGCACUUUAUGGGUUGUUACAAUCACAGCAUUUCUCCCAGACAUUGUUGAACAUUGUGGGAGGGCAUUCCUGCUAUGUUAAUAAUAUUGAAAAGACAGCUACUACUGCUCAACCUCCCCAGCUGCAAUGCCACUUCUCAGCACUAACGCAACUACUGCUGCGAGUCGUCGUACGGGACACGCUUGGACUGCUUCAUUGAAAGAUCUCUGCUUGAAGAAAGGACUUCUUUGUAUGUUGGUUAAUUUAUUUUCAGUUUUUCAAUGUAUGCCAGCUAUCCACAGUGCCCAACUACUAGCUUUUGUAUGUACUUUGAUACUUUUGUGUGACCCAUGAUGAUGUUUAAAAGGGUUUCACAGAAGAUAAAAGUCAAAAUUGUGUUGAGAUUUAUUACUGUAUUAACUUCCUCAAGGCUGUCAAAAGAAAUCUGUUAAUAUCAGUCUGUGUGUAUGCAACCAUCAACUUACCUAAACUUUCUCCUUAUUAUGCCUCUAAAUUAUACGUGUGGACAAAGUCCCACCGGUCCGUUUCAAAUGAGCGCUCGCAUACGUCCUCAUUUGAUUCUUCUGCCUGAUAUCUCUUCUGUAACAAACUUCUCUUUGAAGUGCCAUUCAAAACGUAACCCAGAUAUUGUGAUGAUGGGGGUUGCAUGAAUUUGCUGUGAAACUCAGCUUGGACAUUUUCAACCCAAAUAAAAUUCUCGAUAUUCAGAUGGAUAUUUGUACUAUAAAAGAAAGAUUAUGUUUGACGCUGGUUGUGUCAAAUAUGUAUAAUUACCUUUGACCACAGAACAAAAUAUGUUAAUAAAAAGCAUUUCUAAGUGUUAUGAUACCGA